AUGGAUAAUAUUAAUGAUAAUUUCACACUAAGUGAUGUCAUCAAUGGCCCACUGCUAGCUGCUAUGUUUGGUACAGAGAUGAUUGGAGGACUCAUAACUAACUCAUUAGUACUGAUACUCACUGCCUCUCAUCUAAAGACUUGGAAGCAACCAACAACCAUCUUUCUCUCUAACAUGCUCCUCAAUAACCUGGUCAUUGGGAUCUGUAUCAUUCCUUUUGCUAUCAUAACAGCUGCUGUGGGUGAGUGGAUAUUUGGAAGGACAGAAGAUGAGAAAGAAACCGUCUGUCAAGUCGUUAGGUGCAUUUUCACAUUCAGUAUCCUUACAGCAACAGAGAGUCUAGUAUUAUACUAUUCUUCUUUGAUAGAACCUGGUCCUUGGAAUCUUAUUUUUACUAUCAUAACAGCUGCUGUUG